CCUGAGAAUCCAUGUUUCAGAAGUUGAACCUUAAGCCACGGGGAAGUUAGUGCAAAUGAAGUCAAUUUGGUUUUCCCUCACUGCCUUGGUGGUAUUGGAUGUUGGACGACCUUAGGAAACCUUGACGAAUGGUUGACCUUGGCGGCUAUGGAAAGGUAUGACUAUUUACUGAAAUUCUUGAUAAUCGGGAAUGCGGCCGCUGGUAAAACGUGUCUGAUGAGAUGGUUUAUAGACGGAAAGCUCAAACAAGAUCCACCGCACACCAUAGGUGUGGAGUUUGGGACAAAAAUACUCAGAGUUGAUUCAAAGUCUGUAAAGUUGCAGAUAUGGGAUACAGCUGGUCAAGAACGGUUUCAGUGUAUAACACGUUCUUACUACCGUGGUGCAGCAUGUGCCCUGGUGGUGUAUGACAUUACUGAUAGGGAAUCAUUCAAUGCUGUCAAUACUUGGAUUUCGUCUGUUAGGGACUUAGCUCUGCCAAAUUUGACUAUUAUAUUGAUUGGUAAUAAAGUUGAUUUGGAGGCCAGUGGGAGGGAAGUUUCUGAAAUGGAAGGAAAGCAGUGUGCUAUUGACAAUGGAGCUCAAACAUUCCUAGAAACUUCGGCGAAGAACGGUGUAAAUGUCCUCGAAGCAUUCACAGCCGCUGUUCGAAGUGUUUUGGAGCAGAUUCAAAACGAUCCUAAUCCUAACAAGAUGUCUUAUCCAGUUGGAAUUGGUCCCGCACAAAUAACCCUUCCUGGAUCAACUGAUUCACUUGGAAAUUCAAAGUCGUCUAAGUUAUGUUGUCGUACUUAAUAUACAAUGAAAUUCACUAAUGUAUCUAAAAUGACUAUUUUCUUCCUUCUCUUGGCUACAAAGAUAAUUGGUCCACAUUGUACUCCAUCCACAUUCACAUUCACAUUGGAUUUCUGUGAUAUACAUAUAUAUUUUUUUGAUUUUUAACACCAAUGUUUUGAUGACACUUUUUUUGUCAGUGCAUAUACAGCGCUGAAAUUCAUUUAAAACACCUUUGUCUGUCUUCUGUACGAAGUGAAUAAAUAAAUAAAUAAUUGGGCUGUUAUUUUUUUCUUUAUUUUGCCUUCUUUAUUUCUGUUUAUUUUUUAUUUUGUGGAAAUGUAAUGAACAGAUUGUCUCUCACCUUGAUACUCAUUGUUCUCUACGCAUAUUAUGUAACUUUAUUUUUCAAGUUAUUCUUUUACAAGUGCUUUGUUCUCUUUCUUUUUUGGUUGUCUUCUUUUUUAUAGACAUAUAUAUAAUGUCGUAUUUUAUAAUUGCACAAAUUCACUAUUACCAUUGUCAUUAUAAGGUGGCAUUAUCUUUAUUAUUAUUAUUAUCAUCAUCACCAUCAUCACUGUG